GGCUUUCUGACUGACAGCAAGUUGCCAUCCGGCGCCUCAUAUGGAUUCGACAACUCGUGAAAGCUGUGUGUUUGUGGAGGUCACACAGACAGCGCCGUAGAUUCAACUUUGUUUUUGUCCUGCAUAUCUUUAUUCAGCUCGAGCCUCCGAACGGACGGUUUCUACAUUCUCUUGCAGCACCGUUGCAAGUCCUCUGGAAGCCAAAGGAACGCAACAAUUAAGAAUUCAGCACCGGAGCUGUCCACGCCGUCUUACAUUUAGACAUCCUACUCUAAACGUCGGCGAGUCCAUUCAGUCGCCCGACAAGCCCUCCAAGAAGUGCAGGGAUUGGAAUCCACUUACGGGACCAUUCACUGGUGAAAGAGCGACGUACUCUUCUGUGGCUCGCGAGCCCUGAGAUGCCGGGAAGCCGCGCGUAAAGAUAAAGGGCGAACGUGUUCUGUGUCCAGUAGUGCCGUACGAUUCCACCCAGAGGUCCUAGCUCCUCCCCCUGCGGCCAUGGGCGUUCUCAUGUCGAAGAAGCAACAGGUGGAGAAGGGGCAGAAGUGCAGCUCUGUCAUCGCCGCCUUUAAGGAGGGCGUCAAGGAUCGGCCCGCCCCCUCCACCUCUGCCCAAUCAGAGGGCUCCCCCGAGGCAGGAGAGAAAGAGAAAGAGAAAGAAUCUGAACAGGAGGAGGAGGAGGACGCGACACCUGGUCCAUCCAAUGAAGCGUCUGUGGCACUCAGGGAAGACUGCCAAAAGGCCAAUCAAGAAGCCUGGUCCCGCCUCCGGGAUGGAAAAGGGGUGGAGCCAGAGGACCUGGUCAAGGCCCACCAACUGACUCCUCCCGCUUUCAUCAGACCAAAGAGAGACAUCAAUGAUGACCAGCCACUGGAGGUGGACCUUGCUCAGAGAGAACAGCCAGCCAACGACGAGAUGUGUGACGUGUGUGAGGUGUGGACAUGAUACCUGUUCUCGCGGUCGGAUGCGGCACGCUGUCUCCAUCGUUGUGUGUGUGAGCGCGCUUACCCAAGUAUUGCCCUGCAGACCAUGAGGGAGACGGCACACACCGCCGCCGGAUGGAGCUGCUACUACUGCGACAACGUGAACCUGCUCCUGACUGAGGAGGAGAUGUACAGCCUCAUGGAGACCUUUAAGCAGUGCAGGAUCAUCCCAGAAUCUUACCUGGUGUCUGAUGAGCUCCUGCAGUACCGGCACUUCGUCUCCAAGCAGCUGUUCGACAAGGACCUGACGGACGAGGAGGAGGAGGAGGUGCUGGCCCAGUUCGCCGCCCUCGACCCGGAGAAGCACGGCCAGAUCGAGUGGAUCGACUUCCUGUACCACGAGUCUCUGUCUGUGCUCAGGAAGUUCCGCACAGAGAAUUCCCUGGUGCGGUUGCUGACAGCCAAGGAGCAGGACCGGGCUCGCGCGGUUUUCCAGAGUCUGGACCAGGACAAAGAUGGCAUCAUCAUGGAGGGCGAGAUGCUGCGUGCCCAGGCGUCCUGGUUCCAGAAACUCAGUCAGGACCAGGAGUCCCAGUCCUGUAAUGUCAGCAUCAGCCAUGUUGGACCCAUAUCAGAGAACAGUCCAGCCAGCUCCAGUGGUGAGAGAAGCAGAGACGACAACAGGGCUGUGAGCUGGGACGCCUUCCUGAGAGAGAGUUCCAUCUACAUCCUGGCCGCUCGUCCCAACAGCGGCGCCAUGCACAUCCGCCUGCCCCAGUGACCCCUAGUGACCCCGCACAGCCACAGGGGUACACGCCAGGGGUGAGGGGUCAAAGGUCAAAGGUGAGGGGUGAGAGGAGUGGUGAUAAAGCUGGAGAGAGCCGGAGACGUGCCACAGUGCUGAACUGAAAACAAGCCAUCAAUGAGAACCCUUUAUGCCACUGCAUACACACACACAUACGCAUACACUACACACACACUACACUACACACUACACACACACACUACACUACACUACACACACACACACACACACACACACACACACACAUAUACACACACACACACACACACACACACACACACACACACACAUAUAUACACACACACACACACAGCCCAGUCUGUUCCAGUGACAGCCUGACGCUCAUGUGGCUGUAGAGCUGAGGGUUAAGGGGUUUCAGAGCGGCCUUAAGGCUUCAACAUACUCGCCACUCCCGACUGGUAGCGCGACAAUGUGACGUCACGGGAGCGCCGGUAACCAUUUAUACUCGCGCGUGGUGGUCACUAUGGUUGCGACACUAGUUGCAAUAUUCUCCUGAAUUGGCAUUGGCCUCAAUGGCAGCAAAAACUCCCCUCUGUGAUGAUACUUCAGACUUCAGUUACUGCUAUUCACAACUACCAUCUAGUUUCCAAGGUGUGUGCAGCUAGAUAGAUAGAUAGAUAGAUAGAUAGAUACUUUAUUCAUCCCGAGGGAAAUUUUAGCAAGCUAGCUGGCUUUCAGUAAGCUAGCUGGCUGGUGCUGAGAAAUGAGUUUGUGUAAUUUCCUGAGGUGGAAUGAGAUUUUUUUCAGGUCUUAGAUAUCCUUUGGUUGAAGAUAAAUAUCUUUGUUACCUUUUGCUGGAUUAUUGGCAUGUCCCUGGGUCCUAGUUCUUUCAUCUUAAUUCCCUCUCUCUGGUAGCUUCAUUAACUUAUCCAGCAGACUAUUUAAAAAUCACGAACUCUCGCUGGUAACCUAGUCAGGUUAAUUUCCCUCUCUUCUCAAACUGACUAUUCAAACAUGUUUAUUUAAGAUGUGGGCUAGGCUAUAUGAAAUGCCUGAAUGUGGUUGAUGUCUGUAUAGAGGCACGCAUGCUCCCUGAUCUUGGCUUCAAGCUCAUCCUGCUUGUCGCGCGCAUCUGAAAAAAAAUCUCCAGUGCACGACCUGCCUGCGGAGGUUGAAAUUUCUCGUGCGACAGAGGAAAUGACGCAAUUUUGACGUCACAUUGUCGCGCUACCGGUCGGGUGCGGCCAGUAUGUUGGACGUUUUAGUUGGAUCACAGCUGAGCGGAGGUUUUGAUAGGAGCGCUGGGAACAGCUGAUCGAUCUGAGGACCAGCAGCGCUGAGCUCACCCCAUCGCCCUAUUGAAACAGGCAGAAGUACUUACCCCGCCCACACAAACACACACAAACACACACACUCCUACUGAAACAGGCAGAAGUACUUACCCCACCCCCACAAACACACACAAACACAAACACACACACUCCUACUGAAACAGGCAGAAGUACUUACCCCACCCCCACAAACACACACAGGGGGCGCUUUCAGCUCCCUCAAAUCUCUCAAGUCAGUCUGCCGCUCUCUCAAAUCUGACUUUAACGGUCAGUCUGCCUCUCCACACUGGCCUGUCUCAGUCCUGCUGCAGUUUUAACCAGGCUAUCGGCUUCACAACAUACAUACAUACAUACAGUAUGGCUAUUAUACAGAGAGAUAUCAAAACUAUAUAUUAAUACAUAUUGACCUGUAUUUAUUCCAGAACCUUAAAAGUGACCAUAGUUUAUCCCUGCCCUGUUCUCAGAGGGGCAAUUGGUGUGUGAACUGGUGUAAGCUGGUUUGCGGUCAGUCGGCCAUCUUAAAUGAAUGUCCUGAGCAGGUAGCAGGCUGGCCGGUACUGACUGAGCACUAAGUCCCAGGUGAUGUAGGCCUCCGCCCCCUCCCUACGCCCACAGCAAGCAGCGGGGUGGAGAACUGAGCUAUCUCUGACCCAGGUCCCAUCUGGACUUGAUCCUCCUUUGAUCUGUCUCUGAUCUAGUUCCGUCCAGACAUGGCCUCUCUUGAUCCUGCUUUGACCACCCAGGUCUGGCUCAGAUCUGCUCCAGAACCAGCUCUGACCUGAAACAGAUCUGAUCCCAAAGCCACCCCAUAGCCUGUUUGUACAGGACAAAUGCUCUCACAAAAAAACCAAGCCCAUCGUUCCGGAGCUGGGAUGUUGAUUUGUACACUUUCUAAUUAGCUAUUGUGAGCAUGCUCAAACUGCCCAGCAAACUACCAAUUGGAUGGGACUUUGACCUGAUUCUAAAUCUUGUCAGGACCAACUGAAUAGACCUUUUUCACAGCAGCCAUUUUGGACAUGAAAUUUAUGGCAAGCUCAGCUGUUACUAAUGAUAUUAAUUAAGGUUCUAAUUCUGCUACACUGAAAUUGAGCAGAGACUUGAAUAAGACUAGAAUAAUUAUAAUUAUUAACUCCUGUGCUUGCUCUACUAUUUCAUGACAAAAUGGCUGCUUUAAAAAAGGUGUGUCUGUCGGAGAUGAAAUGGGGUCAGAAUCAUACAAUGUGUGCCCAGCUACAUAUGCCGCUGUGUGUGUGUCUGUCUAUGGUGAGCACCCGUGGGUGCUAAUAGAGGCGCACGCGGCAUCAUCGCCCUGUUAAUGCCAAGCGAAGGGUCCAGUAUCUACUCAGACAAGAAGCAGAACACCACCACAUUUCCAUUAAGACCACUAAACCAGAUCAUGCCUUGAUGGGUUACUGCUAGCAGUGAACCAUCGGAAUGAUGCCAUCCUAGUUUAUUUCAAUGCCAUGUUUAUAAGUGUGUGUGGAACGAUGCCAUCCUAGUUUAUUUCAAUGCCAUGUUUAUAAGUGUGUGUAGAGGUGUCAUGCAAUGUUCAUGUUGAGAUUUGUGGAGAAACUUCUGGUAGCACAUAUAAUGCUGACUGUCUGAGCUUGGGUGGGAUGGGCAUAUCAAACGCAAAUAAAUGCACGUCAUUAACCCAAA